ACCGGGAUGGGGCCCCCUAAGGACAAGGGGGGCCCCCGGGGCCCCUGGGAGACAUGGGGGGCCCCAGGUACCAAGGUACAUCGUAUAAGCUGUAUAGCUUCAAGCACUCCUUUAGUAUAAGAAGGGCAGAGCCCUUAUUCCUCUUGUAUGUAGGACUACGACAGUAGUCAAUUUAAGCUUAUAGUCACUCUUUGAAUUCUAUAAGGAGUUAACCUCUGACGAUAUACUCAACCGCCUGUUGUUACCUUCAAAUCAGGACCCCCUAGCGAUCUAUCGUUACAUCCUGCCCAAAUUUAUCCCACCUUUCGCCAAGCAAUCGAGCAGCUCGAUAGCAUCAAUACAUCAUGGAGCAACCGGGGACAGAAACACCACUCAAAUGCUAUAACUACAGAUGUGCCAAUAGCUCACCCGACAAUUCCCUCUACUGUUCUGGGUGCAAGAAAGUUCGCUACUGCUCCAAGGACUGCCAGAAACAGGACUGGAAAGAGCAUAAGUCCUUCUGUAAGCACGUAUCGACUAACGGCGCCAGCUCUGCGUCUCUUGGUGACCUAGAAUACUAUCAGAAAGUCGCAGCGCAUGAUGCUAAAGCACAGGCCCUUGCCAAUGAAAUUGGUCUCGCCCUUCCUAGCGCCACCAAUAAGUCAUCUCUCGCACUCAACCUGCCCAUACGACGUCUCGUUCUCACAGGAAAAGAUACACCAGAGAAUUUCUCGCUUUUCUUCGGCCAGAACAAGACAGAUGCGGUCACCAAAACCCAUAAAGACAAUCGCCUGGAAGCACUCCUAGAACCACCUAAGGGUUCCCCCAUGGACGUAAUGGCAAGAGCCAGAAAGUUUGAUGAGAACUGCCCUCCUCGUAAUGUUCGUCGGCCUUCUCAUGCAGAAGCUGGAGAAAUCAAGAAGAUCAGAGACAUGCAGGAAACUAUUCGUCAGCAUAUGGGAUCUCGGGGUGUCGAGGACGUUAGCUCUAAUGAUAUGCGAGACAUCCUGAUUAAUAACUUUGGUAAUCGAUGGGUAGAAGGACUCGAAAUCUAUAACCACGCUCUCAAUUCGAUGGAUCGCAAUGUAAGGCCACCGGGGAUCUACGAUUAACGGAAUGCUUGACUUAGCGACUUCGAUCCCGUCAUGGCCGCCACGUUUCAGAAGAUGCAUUACUGUAGUGGAAUCUUGGAGUGUCGAGGAUCAGGGUCAGGUCCAAGUCGUUAUUUUGGAGGUUAAGUACGAGCGAGAGGUGUAAGGCUAUGCGCAUGGGCAAGGCUCAAUUUCUCUACGCUACGUCGAAUUAGAUGUCAAAAGGCGAAUUCCAAGCUGAAUAAUUAAUGCCAGAGGAUUGUUGUGCCU